AUGUCGUCCCACAUUCGAGCAAAUCCCUGGCGUGCAUAUCAAAGCCUUGCACGACAGCGACUGUCGCAUUGUCACAAUGCUCCCCGGUACUUCGCGACCACGGGGCCUCUACGGACCGCAAACAACGGCGGCACCAAUCCUCUCCGCUCGGUGGGACGACCAAAGAGUGAACAAGAGUAUGCAAAGUCCAAGCGCUCGAUCAAGCUUUCAGCAGCGGGGAUGAUCGCAUGCGGUGCUGCCAUGUACGGCGUCAUCAAACUCGAUGUAUUCGGACUGGAUGCACUAGAGAACAAGGCAUCCAGGACCGAGGAAACGACAGAGGUAUCGCGAGUUUCGAGCGGCGCGUUGAAGAUGGACGGACCGCCCGGGUUUCCCAGCACAGGUGGACCCUCUGUCAUCACACUAAAUGGUCAAGAGAAUGUCGAACAGGUCGAGACUGGCACAAGCACGAUUCCUUAUUUCCCUACAACGAUUCGACUGCCCGCGACUUCGGAGCUCGAGCGCAAGACAGCAGGCGAUGAUCUCUCCACGGCCGGCGGAGACGAGUAUCAACUUCUCGGUCUCGGCAUUCGCACCGUCUCCUUCCUUUCCAUCCAAGUCUACGUCGUUGGCCUGUACGUUGCCAAGGCCGACAUCACCGAGCUGCAACGGCGCCUGAUCGACACGGCGAUUCACCCACCCACGGACGAUGUCCACGCCGUUUCGGGCGUCGGGGUCGACGCCGCUACAUCUCUCGUUCCGCCUGAGCGUCAGCAGCUCAAGGAUCUCCUUCUUGAUGCGGAGCGCGGCGACGCCGCCUGGACUGCGCUCCUCAAGGAGAAUGGCAUUCGCACUGCGUUCCGCAUCGUGCCCACUCGCAAUACGGAUUUCAUGCAUCUGCGCGAUGGAUGGGUCCGGGGCAUCACUGCGCGCGCACAGCAGAAGAAGACUCUGCCGGGAGCUGCUGCGCCUGGUGAGUUCCAGGACGCUCAGUUCGGGACGUCCAUGAACGAUUUCAAGGCCGUGUUUGGAGGUGGUCAGCGCAAGAACGUGCCCAAGGGUCAGACCCUCGUGUUGCUCCGUGGUGCUCAGGGUGCCUUGGAUGCGCUGUUCCAACCCGAUGCGACCAAGCCGAUGCAGUGGAUGGGACGGGUGAAUGACGAGCGGGUGAGUCGAUUGGUGUGGUUGAACUACUUGGCUGGCAAGACUGUGUCGAGUGAGGGUGCAAGACGCAGCAUUGUGGAUGGGUUGAUGAAGGUAGUGGAGCGGCCUGUGGGAACCGUGGUGCAGCGUGUUGUAUGA